GAUGCCGUGAAUCUCUCGAGGCAUACUUAGUAAGUUGGCCGUCCCGUCCUCUCGCCUUCUCCCGUGGCCUCACCCUGCCGCAUCAACAGCAUAGCCCGCCCCCCAUCCUGGCAUCUACGAUCCUUCCGACCAUCCCGUUGGGAAGCACAUCGCAUCACAUCACUCUUGAGCUGCAAGAGCCCCCUCAUACACACGCAUCUGCCACUUAUAACUAUCCUACACUCCUACACACACCCACACACACACUCUCUCACAAAAUGCUCGGGUGUUUGCCGGUCCGACAGGCGGACAGGUUGUCUGAAGCAUAUGCCACCAUGCCUAAUCAGGACUGGAGGAUGUCAUGGGGGAACGAGGAGCCCACACUCCAGGAACGUCAGCAGCAACGCCUGCUCUCCCUGCUGGAGAACAACAUCGACCCAACACUAGCACUAGACCACUUUCACGCCAUGGCGCAUGUCCAGGGAGACCACAUCAGGAGCUACCGGUCGCAGCACCAACACCAGCCGCAGCAGCAUCGCCAGCACCAGUACGCCCAAGCCGCACACCAGCAACACCACUUCCAACAACUGCAGCAAUGGGGGUUUCCUUCGCAAGAACCCCUCCCAACACACAACGCCAGCUCGGCAGCGCAGGCCCGGCAGCAACACCACCUCGCAGUUGCCCCCGAAGCCGCCGCGGACCAUGCCGUCCGCAUGAGCACCACCCCGACGCUGGUCCUGUCCGACUCUCUGGACACUGCCACCACCACCGCCACCACCACCACUACUACCACCGUCUUCGACGACGCCUGGGUCGAUCCCAUCUUCGGGUUCGAGGACGGGCAGGGCGAGCGCCGCUCGUCGGAGCUCUUCCCGCCGCGGCUGCAGCACAGCGACUCCUUCAGCGCCCCCUGCUCGCCGGCCCUACGCCCCGGCUACGCCACGUCCGCCGCCAGCUACUCGUCGGCGGCGAGCCCGGCGCCCUCGCACGCGGGCAUGUGGGACCCGGAGCUGCUUGAUCCCGACCUCGCGUCGGUGGCGGCGAACUUGUUCGCAACAGCGGCGGCGCCAGGGGCGGCAGGAGGUAUUUACAGUGGCAGCAACAGACAUGCGGCGGCGGCGGCGGCGGCGGCGGCAUCGUCAGCAACAACAAGAGCAGCAACGCCGGCAGAACAAGAGACGGACGCGAGUCGGGCAAUGUCCCCGUCGCUACCUACUACCACCACCACUGAAGCCACCAGCACCACCGCAGCCUCCCCCUCCCCCUCCACGGCCGCGCUCCGCGGUCGCUCGGCGUCGGCCGGCCGCACGCGGGCGGGGCCCGACUGGAUGCCCGAUGACGUGCGCGAGAUGGGGUGCCAGCCCACGGGGCCGGGGGGAAGCUGGCGGUGCACUCACCCGGGGUGCGGGUCGACGCGCGCCUUCCUGCGCGCGUGCGACCUGCGCAAGCACUACCGCGCCCACACAAAGAGCCACUUUUGCAGCAUCGACGGCUGCCCGCGCUUCUACAACGGCUUCUCGUCCGAGAAGGACUGCAGGCGGCACAUGCGGUCGCACAACCCAAACAUCGAGUGCCCCGCUGAGGGCUGCGGGCGCAAGUUUAGCAGGGUUGACAACAUGAGAAAACACCACGAAGCCAUCCACCAAAGGCGACACCCGCACAGGCGGCGCCUCAGCGGAGGGCCCAGGGACAAGGACGCGGGCUCGCCAGAAACGGGCGGGGAGGACGGGGCCCCUGUUCUAGAAGGAGUGCAAACAAGCAUUCUGGACCAAUAGGAAACCGCCCCCAAAUCAUGUUAGCCUGGUGACUAGUCCAAGCGUUGAAAUUCACGUGCCCAUGGAACCAAAAAGCCCUGUUUUUCGUGCAACCUCGAUAUGCUCCUUCUCUUGCGUUUGAUGCGCCGCCACCUUUCCCAUGUCUGCCUUGCCUGGGACUUUGGGACAGUGUGAUCAACCCCCCUGGCCCUAGUGGCUCCUUGGCAACACCCAUAUCCCGCC